AUGGUUAUUAAGCUAGUAGUUGGUGGGCUCACUUUAAGCGUGAUUAGUGCUUACCGCCCGCAGGCAGACUUGGACGAGGAGCUUAAAAAGCACUUCUGGGAGGAUUUGGAUGCGGCGGUGCGAGGUAUUCCGCACAACGAGAAGUUAUUCAUAGGAAGAAAUUUUAAUGGUCAUAUUGGGGAGAUGUCUAGGGGCUAUGAUGAUGUGCAUGGCAGGUUCAGUUUUAGGAAUGAGGGUGGCACUUCGUUGCUGGAUUUCGCUAUAGCUUUUUAUUUGGUGGCAGCUAACUUAUGUUUCCAAAAGAGGGAGGACCAUUUAGUCACAUUUCAGAAUAUAGUGGCCAAAACUCAGAUUGAUUACCUUCUUUGCAAGAAGAGUGAUAAUGUCUUAUGCACUGAUUGCGAGGUUAUACCGAGCGAGUGA